CUGCAGCCGCCUUUCCAGCCAACAACGCAUCACCAACUACAACCAGUCAACGACGUCACUCCGUCUCAUAUCAACUGUUGGUCACAUCCACAUCCGCAUCUUCCUCAGCAACCUAGCAAAACAAUGUCUCGCACAGUCGACAUCCCCGCAACCGUAAAGGACGCGCUCAAAGAGUUCCGCUUCUCCAAGAGCAAAGGCAACGCAGCAAUCUCGGUCAAGAUUGUCAAGGCCACUCUGUCAAUGGCCGUCGAUGAGGAGUUUGAGGACCAGAGCAUUGAGGAGAUCGCAGAGGAGUUGCCCGAGAAUGCUCCGCGUUACAUUCUCCUGUCCCACGAGCUCGCCCGAGCUGACGUCUACAGACCCACAAGGACGGACGCGUGUCCUACCCCCUUCUGCUGGUCAACUGGCAAGUCGACCGACGCGUGCCUCAACCUUGGCGCUGCUGACUUGUCGUGCAGGUCGCCCUCUGGCUCGCCAGUAGAGCUCCUGACGCUGCAUGCGUCUGCGUUGAGCUACUUCCAGCAGGUUGCCGAGGUUGCAAAGGUCCUCGAGGUUCGCGAUGGCGCCGAGGGUCUCACCAAGGAGGCCGUCGACGAGAAGCUCCUGCAGGCGUAGUGGAUAUUGGGCUGUCGCUGUCGCGUACUCGAGCGCACUCGAGCACUCGUGGUUGUCGUGGAAUGGAUGCAUAGACUUUGGCUGUUA